GCACUUUUAAUCGUCUCCAAAAAUAAACCAAAAAUUUACUUUCAGGUCAACCAUUUUUUUUUUUUAUUGUUUUCUAAAUUCCAAAACCAUGUUCAAGGUCAAGUUUCGCGACAUCGGCUUCUUUGUGCUGCUGACAUCUCUGCACAUCUGCUCAGAUCUUCAGCCUGUGCUCGAGGCCCAUGCCAAUAUUAAGUCGCUUUACCCCACGGUGGACCGGAAUUUAACGCUCCAACUGGGCUACAACUACAAUCACUGGAUGCUGGUCAAGGCGGUAAUGUAUUCGCUACUGGUGCUGAUCGGACUCUGGUACAGUCGGCAUUUGCAAUUUACUGAAGCACAGGAGUUGGAGGAAAGAAAGGGCAUCCUUAAGAAUCCACCAACUGCCGAGGAGGUGAAGAAGAAUUGGCUCAACAGGAACAAUCCGAAUUCUGAAACGGAAUUGGGUCUCUUUCCGUGGAAAAACUUUAUCCUAUUUGCUCUGCCCUGGAUAUUGACUUUUGUGGCCAGCGGAUUGAUUAACUACCUCCGUUUCUAUAUGGUGAUCCAACAUUUCUGCAUUUCCAACUGGAGGGCCAUUCAGCUCUAUGGACAACUUCAGCUGCUCUUUUUCCAUCGCCUGUUGUCAGUGGCUUUGAUUCCCUAUUGGUCACAAGUAUUUGGGGGAGGAGUAUCCUUAGAAAAGGCAUCCAACAUUCCCGGAAAUUUCAUCAGCGUCGAAACCCAUCUGUUAGACUUGGCAUGAUUAUUAUUUUUGAUUAGUCUUUUAUCUUAUUGUAUUAUUGGAAACCAAAAUUAGAGUCAAAAAUAUUUUAAAAGAUAAAAUUGGAGCAUUGUUUUAUUGUACCACUCUUCAAAAUAAAGGCUCACUUAUAAACAUUUA